AUGGGUGAAGUUACGAAAUCUGAUAUUGAAGCUCUUACAGCAGCGUUUACCGCUGCCAUCAAUUCCAUGAAUAAUCAGAUUGGAGAAAUUCGUGGAUUGUUGGGUGAGAGGAACAACAACAACAACAACAACAAUAAUCGGCGUAGAGAUGGGGAAGGAGGCCAGCGAGUUAGGGCUCCACGUGGUGAAGUUGUUGACAAUACAUCAGAAUCUGAGCCUGAAGAAGAAAUUUUACAACAAGAGCAACAUGGACAAGCUGACCAGGAUUACAAACUUCAGGUGGACAGAUUCUUUGAGAUUAUGGAAGUGCCUGAACACAAGCAAGUUAAGCAUGUUGCCUGGAGAUUGAAGAGUACUGCUGCAGUAUGGUGGGAUAAGUUGCAGAACACUCGAAAGAAACAGAGGAAGCAGGGUGUUAGAACAUGGCGAAGAAUGAAGCAGUUGAUGAUGGAGAGGUUCUUGCCAGAUGAUUAUGAGCAGAUUCUAUAUAGGCUGUAUAUUGAAUGUGUCCAAGGAACUAGGACGGUGGCUGAUUAUACGGCUGAAUUCUUACGCUAUUCAGAGCGUAAUGAAUUGGGAGAAACUGAAGGCCAGAAGGUGGCUCGCUAUAUCAGUGGGUUGAAGCCUUCCAUUCAGGAGAGAAUUGGGUUGCAAACUGUUCAUACUAUGGCCGAAGUGACAAACCUAGCAUUGAAAGCAGAGUUGUUGGAGAAACCUUCACGAGCUUCUUCUUUCCAGAGGUAUAACUACCAAAGGAGUGCAGAUUUGGUUAAUGCUUCCACUGCCAAGGGUACAACUACGCUGCAGAGAGCAGAAAACGCCUUUAAAGCUUCUAAUCCUCCUUUUAAAGGCGCGGGCAGUUCUAACAAUUCUAGUGGUGUUCAAAAUAGAGCCCCGAAUCAGAGGAUCAAUAAUCCUUAUGCUAGACCUACAGGAGAUGUCUGUUAUCGAUGCAACAAGCCUGGGCAUAGAUCUAACGUGUGUCCUGAGAGGAGACAAACUGCCCUUAUAGAUGAUUAUGAUGAGGAUGAAGAAGAAGUUAGGAGGGAUGGCGAUUAUGAUGGAGCUGAGUUUGCGGAGGAGGAAUCCCCUGAGAAGGUUAACAUUGUGUUGCAGCGGGUUCUACUAUGUCCUAAAGAAGAGGGGCAGCGGCGCAAUAUUUUCAGGUCACUUUGUUCCAUUAAUAACAAAGUGUGUAAUUUAAUUGUGGAUAAUGGGAGCUGCGAAAAUUUUGUAGCCAAGAAACUGGUGGAGUAUUUGCAGUUACCGGCGCAGCCUCAUGAGGCACCUUAUUCCCUCGGGUGGGUGAAGAAAGGUCCACAAGUUCGAGUUGUUGAAUCCUGCAAAGUGCCGGUAUCCAUUGGUAAGCAUUAUAAAGAUGAAGUUUUGUGCGACAUUAUUGAUAUGGAUGCUUGUCAUAUUUUGUUUGGCCGACCUUGGCAAUAUGAUGUGGAUAUUACUUAUAAAGGCAGGGACAAUGUGAUGUUGUUUAUGUGGAAUAACCAUAAAAUUGCUAUGGCUCCUGUGUGUCAAUUUGAGAAAUCUGAUGUGAAGAAAGGGGAGAGUUUUCUGACCUUAUCUAGCAGUGAACUUGAGAUGGAGAGGACCUUUAAAGAAUCUGAGGUUUUCUGUCCAGUGGUGAUUCCCAAAGAAGUACAGGACAUGUUGGGAGAUUUUGAAGAGUUGAUCUCGGAUGAGUUACCCAACGAGCUGCCACCUAUGAGAGACAUUCAACAUCAGAUUGAUUUGGUGCCUGGAGCUAGCUUGCCCAAUCUGCCACAUUACCGAAUGAGUCCCAAGGAGAAUGAGAUUUUGAGAGAGCAGAUUGAAGACUUGUUGAAAAAAGGGUUCAUUCGAGAGAGUAUGAGUCCUUGUGCAGUUCCAGUCCUCCUUGUUCCUAAGAAGGGCAAUCAAUGGCGGAUGUGUGUUGAUAGCAGGGCCAUUAACAAGAUAACUGUGAAGUACAGGUUUCCUAUUCCUCGUUUGGAAGACAUGCUUGAUGAGCUAGAAGGUUCCAAAGUGUUUACCAAGAUAGACCUUCGAAGUGGAUAUCACCAGAUUCGAAUCAAGCCAGGGGAUGAAUGGAAGACAGCUUUUAAGAGCAAGGAUGGCUUGUACGAGUGGAUGGUUAUGCCAUUCGGGUUGUCUAAUGCACCCAGCACUUUUAUGAGGCUUAUGAACCAGGUUCUUCGCCCUUUUACAGGUUCCUUUGUAGUAGUGUAUUUUGAUGAUAUACUGAUCUAUAGCAGGACCAAAGAAGAACAUCUGGUGCAUUUGAAGCAGGUUUUGGAAGCUUUACAGGAGAAUAAACUGUACAUCAACUUGAAAAAAUGUACAUUCUGCACCAGCAAGUUAUUAUUUCUGGGAUUUGUGGUUGGAGAAGAAGGCAUUCAGGUUGACGAAGAAAAGGUACGAGCAAUAAGAGAAUGGCCAGCUCCAAAAUCAGUUUCUGAAGUGCGGAGUUUUCAUGGUUUAGCUACUUUCUACAGAAGAUUUGUGAAGAAUUUCAGUACCAUUACUGCCCCUAUUACUGAAUGUUUGAAGAAAGGCAAAUUCCAAUGGGGAGAGGAACAAGAGAAAAGUUUUGCUUUAAUCAAGGAGAAACUUUGUACUGCACCAGUUCUUGCUCUUCCUAAUUUUGACAAGAUAUUCGAGGUUGAAUGUGAUGCUAGUGGCGUGGGAGUAGGUGCUGUGCUGUCACAAGAGAAGAAACCAGUAGCAUUCUUUAGUGAAAAGCUGAGUGAAGCUCGUCAGAAGUGGAGUACUUAUGACCAAGAAUUUUAUGCAGUGUUCCGGUCAUUGAGGCAAUGGGAGCACUACCUGAUUCAGAGGGAAUUCGUACUGUUCACCGAUCACCAAGCCUUGAAGUACCUCAAUAGCCAGAAAACUGUGAAUAAAAUGUAUGCAAGGUGGUUGUAUGAGGAAGAUGUUGAUUUCAAAGAAAUUUGGGCCAAGUGCAGCAAUAACUAUACAGUCGCAGAUUUUUAUGAGAAUGAAGGAUAUUUAUUCAAGGGCAACAGACUUUGUAUCCCUAGUUCUUCAUUGAGGGAAAAACUGAUCAGAGAUCUGCAUGGAGGAGGAUUGAGUGGGCACUUGGGCAGAGACAAGACUCUUGCUAGUCUUGAGGAGCGGUAUUUCUGGCCACAGUUGAAGAAGGAUGCAGGAACUAUUGUGAGAAAGUGCUACACCUGCCAGGACCUUGCUAUGGAUUUUGUGUUGGGCUUACCCCGUACCCAAAGGGGAGUGGAUUCAGUGUUUGUGGUAGUUGACAGGUUCUCUAAGAUGGUGCAUUUCAUCGCAUGGAAGUGGUUCGUUUGCAUGGAGUACCCAAGUCCAUUACAUCUGACAGAGACACCAAGUUCCUUAGCCAUUUCUGGAUUACUUUGUGGAGGAUGUUUGGCACAUCUUUGA